AUGUCCAAGAAGCAGGAAGAAAAGGGUAUGUAUGUAGAAUAUGUGUCCCGAGCAGCCAACAACUUUGUUUACUGCAACACUUUUUUGUGUGUGUACUCUUUGAUAUGCUUUUCUUCCGAUUUUAUAGAUAUCUUGCAGAAACUAACCAAACUAUCGUUAAAAGAAUCAAAACCACAAUCGCGAAGAAAUGGACAAAGUAAAAGCGGAAAACUUUCCCUACAUAGUUUACCGGUGGAGGUAACGAACCGGAUAGCGUUAGACUGUGAAAUGGUUGGAAUCGGACCGGGUGGCAAAGAGCACAUGCUGGCACGGGUGUCCAUCGUGAACGAGCGAGGCGAAAUCAUCAUCGAUCAGUAUGUGCAACCGCAAGAACCCGUAACAGAUUAUAGAACCGAAAUAAGCGGCAUUCUGCCAGAACAUAUAACGCACGGUGUGGACUUUAAGACGAUCCGUGAGCAAGUGCGACAGAUUAUACAUAGCAAAAUCCUGGUCGGUCAUGCGUUGAAAAACGAUCUUUUGGUACUAAACCUGCGACAUCCCAAGUAUAACACUCGCGAUACAUCCCGUUUCCGUCCAAUAGCGAAGAAAGCAGGCGCAUUUGGGACUCCCAGUUUGAAAAGCAUCGCGUAUGCCCUUUUGGGCGAAGACAUACAGGAUGGUUCCCACGAUUCGGUAGAAGAUGCGCGAGCCGCUAUGAAGAUUUAUAUGCUUUUCGAGAAGGAAUGGGAAAAGAACGCAAUGCCGGCGUGGGUCCUGCAGUUUGAUGAAGCGCAAGAUUAA